UAAGGAGAAUUCUAGAACAUAAAACCUCUAUUUGUUUUGUUAGGGCUUUACAGAGACGAAGCAGGGAAGUAAAAGUUUUGACCUUUUGAGACAAAUCCUGCGAGAAUCCACUCUCUCCAUAGUUUCUUCAAGCAAGCCCUACGAUGGCGGACGACGACUAUAAUGAUAUGGACAUGGGAUAUGAGGAUGAGCCACCAGAGCCUGAGAUUGAAGAAGGAGCUGAGGAAGAUUUGGAAAACAAUAACAACGAUGAUGUUCCUCUAGAACCUAUCGAAACCGAAGACAACGUAGACCAAGAUGCUAAAGACAAAACUACUCGUAAAACAUCAAAGUAUAUGACCAAAUACGAGCGUGCUAGAAUCUUGGGUACCCGAGCCUUGCAAAUCAGUAUGAAUGCACCUGUUAUGGUUGAGUUGGAGGGUGAGACCGACCCACUUGAGAUUGCCAUGAAGGAGCUUCGAGAGCGGAAAAUACCCUUUACCAUAAGACGCUACUUGCCCGAUGGAAGUUAUGAAGAUUGGGGAGUCGAUGAGUUGAUUGUGGAAGACUCGUGGAAGAGACAAGUCGGAGGCGAUUGAUUAUGUGUUCUUACUUCUCGAAUUUUGUGUGUGGUAUGUAAGAGUCGUGAUGCUUAGAUUCAGUCAGUAAAUGUAAAAAAGACGAUCUAGAAGGAUGUCUUUGGAACCGUGGUAGUAGACUCGUUUUGAACCCUGUUGUGCUUUUCGACAUUAACGUAGGUUAUAAUGGGAGUUUUGACUAGAAA